AUGAACUUUAAUUUUAUUAUAACUGUUUUCCCCUGUAUUUGUGCUUUAUCUGAUGGGUACUAUGAAAAUUUGAGUAAGUGUGUUGACAAAUGUCCCGAACUCCAAAACGUUUUGGAUGGGUAUAAGUCAAGUCCAGAGGCUUUGAAAGCAAUAUACUGUGAAGAAGAAUUAACUAAUUCUUCCUCAGGCUCGACUACUUCAGAUUCAGUCGACUCCAAUAGUUCGUCAACUAGUGGUUCUACUAGUGCAGGAAGAAAAAUUGAGAUUAUGGGCGUUUGGUUCACAUUGUCAAGCAUGAUAUUUGCCUUAGCUGCCUUUGUUUAG